UGUUUACCAACAUGGGAGGAGCCGGGCGCGGGCAGGGUGCAGGCUGCCGGCGGCCGCGGCGGGUCGGGCCGCUUUCGCUUUGCCGGAGGGUGCGGGACAGCGCUGGGCCGCGGCGGCAUGGCCCGGGGACUCCUUCCCCUGCUUCUCGUGGUUGUCUUAAUUAUUGAAACACAGUGCAAAAAUGAUACGGAAGCUCUAAUACACAGACCGUACAAUAAAUUAAUUACAAGGAGGAUCAUUGCUAAGAGGGGAAUUAAGUGUAACCUGGAUGAGUACAUUUUAGGUGUUCAGUGUUGCAAGAAAUGUGAACGUGGUUUUGUUAAAAAUACCAGCUGCCCAACAGAUAUUAGCAAACACUGUGUUCCAUGUAAAAAUGGAAAGGAGUACAUAGACCAUGUCAAUGAUUUGGACAAGUGUUUGAGAUGCUAUUCAUGUGACAGCAUAUUCGGUUUGGAGGUUGCAAAAAACUGUACCCCAGCACAGAACACAGAAUGCACCUGUGCAAAAGACUAUUUUUGCAAUUCUUCUGUGCCAUGUAGGCAUUGCGAUCAAUGUACCAUAUGUGAAAGUGGCGUAAUUGAAAAACAAUGUACUUCAACUUCAGACACUGUGUGUGGAACGAAAGGAGCACCAUGGUGGGCCGUUGCUUUGACAAUUGCGUUAGCACUGCUAGCAAUAGCUGGAGCAAUAUUCUGGUACAGAAGAAAACGGAAGGGUCGUACUAGCAAGGAGAACCUAGGUGAAGUAGUCCCCAAAGCAGAGGCUUCUUAUGAGAACGUACCUCUCAUAUACACAGAUGUUGACCUGAGCAGCCAUGUUGCUGGUAUUGUGGAGGAGAUGACGCUCCAAGAAGUCAAGACAUUUGUUCGUAAUCACAAAGUACCAGAACCUGUCAUAGAUCAAACUGUUCGGGAUUAUUUUAGCGAUACAUCUGAACAGAAGAUUAAGCUGUUUCAAGUCUGGUAUCAAAGGCAUGGGAUAAAAGGAGCCUAUGGAACCCUAAUAAGCAGUCUGAGAGACUUUAAAAUGUGCACUGCAGCUGAUAAAAUUGAGGAAAAACUGAAGGCAGCUGUUUCCAGCUGUCAGGAAGGGGGACAGUCUUACAAUGAUGACACUGAGCAAAGCAAAACCUGCACUCAGGAAUGUAGAAACUCGUACAAUGGUAGUGCUGAGCUAAGCAAAACCUAUUCUGGUAGUUUGGAAGAGACAUAGCACAGAGUCAUUUGAAACUUAUUUCUGACCAAACUAGUAUUUUUAUAAUAAUAUAAAUAACAAAGCUUUUAAAUGCCAUUUUCAUUGGCAGUUCUGACUGAUUCAAAGAAGUUUUAAUAUGGACAAGGAAUAAUUAUGAUUUUUGUAGCAGUAGCUUUCCUUUAAAAAAAGUUUUAGCUUUUUUUUUGGUUGUUAAGUGGGAAGAGAAGUUUUAUGGCUCAUUUACAAAAAGGUACAAUAUAAGAGUCCAGCUAUAGGAUUCACUACAAGAAGAAAGUAGUCAUUAUUUGAAGAAAAGGUUUAGUCUAUAUGUAUGGUCCUGCAUUACUAAUCAAUGUAGUGUUUUACAUACAUUAAAAUUGUGGGAUGUUGCAUUUUUCAAAGUGAAAACUCUGGUGUUAAGAGUCUAUGAAGUGUACCAGGAAGAAGACUUGAACAACAACAACAAAAAUAUAUAUAAUAUAUACCUAAUUAAUUUUGAAUAUAGGUGUUGCUGUGUAAUUAAAUUCUACUCUGUUAUAAAUGGGAUUUCUCUCUUGUAUAAAAGCACCUUUGUGUGUA